AUGAUAAAUAAUUUAUAAAUUGCACCUCUAACUGCUCUUCAUAAAUUACUAUCAUUUAAUAAGACAAUCAAAUUUAACGAUAAACAUCAAGAAUCAUAAAAAUAAAAGAGUCUUCAAAAAUCUAUUUAACAUUUAAGUUCCAGCUAAUGCGAGAUGUUCAAUUUUAGAAUUAAGAAUAAAUUACCGACUCCAAAAAAUACCAUAGAUUCCUCUCUAAGAUAAAGCAUCGGCAAAAUUAGUAACAAUAACGAUAGUGGAACCAAAAAGAAUACAAAGAUAAAAGAUGAACUUAUAUCAGUAUUAAGAAAAGCUUAGAGCUAAUCCAAAAAAACUACUAACUUAGAUAAUUUAUUAGCCACUUCCAAGACUCCUAAAUAAUUCAGCGAUUUAGAAGGCUUUAAAAUAAAAAGGCCCCCUCUAUUGCAAUAUUUAGGCGAAGAAAAUGAGAAACUCAAUAUUCAGAGUGCAAAAAGUGCUUCAGAAAAAAAUUAAAGUCUUGAAAAUAGAUAUUCUUCUGGGUUUUUUACAAGCACUAAUUAAAGAUAGCAAAAAUUUGGAUCUUUGAAUGAGGUCUUGAAAUAAUAUAUCUAAUACAAAAGCUAACAGAAAUGUAACUAAAUACUUUAAUUUAGAGGCUGGAACUGGAGAAGAAAUGCACAGUAGUAAUUAUUAAUGAAGGAGUCAGAAAAUCAAGAGAAAUACUUUCCAAAGCAAAAGUCUGAUUAUGCUAAAGGUUAAUCAAAGCUAAUUAAUGAUAAUUUACACAAUUUGUUCUUAAAAACUCAGAAUGUUUUAGAAAAAUACAAAGCUAAAGAACUUUAAUGGAAAAAAUAAAAAAAGUAAUUAAGAGAUGAAAUUAGGAUUCUUAAGCAACAAUUGAAAUAACAACAAUUAUAAAAUUAAAUAUAUCACUGA